ACGCGCCGACUUUUUUAGAGGGAGGGACUGGGUGGACCACGGUGCCCGCGGCGCUCGGACGGCCAGAGAGGAGUGCGGCGCGCGGCGCUCGGGGGCCACAGUUCCCAGGGGUCGGACCGCCGCCGCCCGCGGGGAGAAGCCCCCGGGAGCGCAGAGCCGGGCGAGCCGGGGGGCGAGCGCGCAGCAGCCGGAGUGCGGCGGCGAGGGCGGGGGAAGGAAGACACCCUGUUUCCUCUCGGGCCCCCACCGCGGAUCAUGUACCAGGAUUAUCCCGGGAACUUUGACACCUCGUCCCGGGGCAGCAGCGGCUCUCCUGCGCACGCCGAGUCCUACUCCAGCGGCGGCGGCCAGCAGAAAUUCCGGGUAGAUAUGCCUGGCUCGGGCAGCGCUUUCAUCCCCACCAUCAACGCCAUCACGACGAGCCAGGACCUCCAGUGGAUGGUGCAGCCCACGGUGAUCACCUCCAUGUCCAACCCGUACCCCCGCUCGCACCCGUAUAGCCCCCUGCCGGGCCUGGCCUCCGUCCCCGGGCACAUGGCCCUCCCGAGACCCGGCGUGAUCAAGACCAUUGGUACCACCGUGGGCCGCAGGCGGAGAGACGAGCAGCUGUCUCCCGAGGAGGAGGAGAAACGUCGAAUCCGGAGGGAGAGGAACAAGUUGGCCGCUGCCAAGUGUCGGAACCGCCGCCGAGAGCUGACGGAGAAACUGCAGGCUGAGACAGAGGAGCUGGAGGAGGAGAAGUCGGGCCUGCAGAAGGAGAUCGCCGAGCUGCAGAAGGAGAAGGAGAAGCUGGAGUUCAUGCUGGUGGCGCACGGGCCCGUGUGUAAGAUCAGCCCCGAGGAGCGCCGCUCGCCGCCGGCCCCCGGGCUGCAGCCCCUGCGCGCCGCGGGCGUGGGCGCAGGCUCCGUGGUGGUCAAGCAGGAGCCCCUGGAGGAGGACAGCCCCUCGUCCUCUGCCGCCGCCGGGCUGGACAAGGCCCAACGCUCUGUCAUCAAGCCCAUCAGCAUCGCGGGGGGCUUCUACGGGGAGGAGCCUCUGCACACCCCCAUCGUGGUCACCUCCACGCCGGCCAUCACCCCGGGCACCUCGAACCUCGUCUUCACCUACCCCAGCGUCCUGGAGCAGGAGUCCCCGGCGUCGCCCUCCGAGUCGUGCUCCAAGGCCCACCGCAGGAGCAGUAGCAGUGGGGACCAGUCCUCGGACUCCUUGAACUCGCCCACCCUGCUGGCUCUGUAACGGCCCCCCCACCCCGGGGCCCCGCGCCCACCGCCCCGGGACCCGGCACGAGGGGGACCCUGGCAGAGAGCUCCCUGCUGGGGGGAGACCAGGUGGGACGUGGCCGUGAGGAGUGAGUUGGGGGGGGUAGUACCGGGGGACUCGGAAGAUCUCCCCCCCACCCCCACCCCAACCCCUCACCCCUGCCCCUUCAUCCUGCAGAGCAAAUCCUGUUUCUUGAAAAGCCUCGGAGAACUGGGUGUGGUGGACUCGGGCCUCCCUCUGGCCUCUGCCGGGCCUGGGCGGGGUGGACCCAUCGCUGUCCCUGGGUGAUGCUGGAGGUACCCUGCCCCGCCCCGCCCUGCCACGCAUGCUCAGUGCCUUGGUCACGCCUCUCCCCCUCAGUGGCCCCCUCCCUCCACCCCCUCGCCCACCCAGGGUCAGCUUUCACUUCUUUGGGUUUUUAUCCAGUUUGCCAUGACAUUUCAUGGGGGAGGGGGGUUUCGGUGUGAACAUCCCAAGCGCUUUGUGUCUGGAGAUGAGGAAGCAGGGGACGUUUCUGCUGGGGCUGACUUGUCCAGAGAGGACAGUCCAUGUGCAAUAGAGGACCUUCCCGCCCCCGGACACUCUCCAGGCCCCCGCCCCAUCUCCAGACCCCCGUGGUGAGGCCCAGAGCAGCCCCCAUCAAGGCACAGCAUCUUGGCUGGAGGACCAGGGUGUGAGGGCGACAGGGAGGGCACAGGUCGGGUUUGCCAAGUGCCUAAUUACCAGGCCAGGAAUAGUGCCAACCAGGCCUCCCGGUGCCCUCGCCAGCUUCCCCUCGCCCGGUGUCUUGGGCAGGCCUCGCCUCCUGUAAUUACCGCUCGCCAGCCUGCCCGGACCCUCCCCUGCAGCCCAGGGCCGCGGCCCCGCCCUCUCCCUCCUCCCUGGCGCUCCCACCCACGGAGGUUUAAUGAGCUUGGCCUGGACCCUCCCCAAGCCACCCAGGAGCCUGAGCUGAGGAUGGAGGAAGGGAGGGAGGCAGGGCUGGAAGCCACCGAGGGGACUCACCCUCCUGAUGAAUCCAGAGCUUUGCCAGUCCUGCCCCUGGCCCACCCUCGGGCCCAGCCGUCGGGGACCCAAGGGGCCUUGGGUCUCUUCUUGCUCCAGGCUUCGGUUCCGCCCCUGGGAAGAUGAGUUCUUCCCUCUGAGGGAAGCUGCGGCCUCUCUCGGCUGGUUGAGGGUUGGGGAAGGGGGUCCUUGUCCCGCCUUUCUCUCCCCCUGCUCUUCCUUAAUUCCCCACUCCGGAGACGCCCACCCUUCCCCACCUCCCCGUGAACCCAACCUCCCAUCUAACUUAAGCUUCAGAGUUGAGCUCUUUGCUUUCCUGUUCCUUCGUGCCCCGUGCCGCCUAAGACCUCCCAUGCUGCUUCUUAUUCAAUGUCCCUUCAGCUUAGCACCCAGAGGAUGAGACGGGGCAUCCCCGGAAGGGAGGGGGAAGGAUUGGCCACCUGGGAAGGAAACCCGACUUUUGUCUGAAAAUGCUUAAAGCUCCAUUCCUUGGCUCUGAUGCCUCCUGGUCUCCCAGAGGUGCUGGUGGGAUCAGACACUCCUUAGACUGUGGGACCAUCAGGUGUCAGAUUAAUCCUGAAGACAGAAGCCGUGGGGAGUAGCAGAAGGCGGGUGAAGCCGGCUGAGCUGUGCCCUGCUCUGGAGGUGCCAUCGUGCCAAGCUGUCGGCCACCUGAGAGCGCUUUGUGUAAAGGCAGCCAGGGGGGAGACUUAUCUAGAGAGUUUUGGGGUGGUUCUUCACAAAGCACCCCUCUCCCCGCCGCUUUGCACAGCACUAACCCCCAGCCAGGUCACUGCCAGUGACUUGGGGCCAACCUGACAUUCCUGAGACAUCUGCUCUCAAGCGGGGAUGGCUUUGGGACUCCCAGAGGACACAGGCCCCCAGGACUUUGGGGUCUCCCAGACUUUUGAGCUGCAUUUUUCCAUUCAGAGGUUCUACCUUUGCUCUAAGAUGUCGUGUGGCUGGCUCCCUGUCCCCUUACCCCACAGGCAGAGGCCAUCUGGGGAGGAGGACUGUUGGCACCCAAGGUACUUUCUUCUGGUGGGUUCUUCCAGCUCCCUGCACACCGUCUUACUCCAGGGCUGAUGCAUGUCCAUGCUCCAGCUGAGGGCUCGGCUGCAGGGAUGUGUUUCGGGGAGGAGGUGCCCUGCCCUGGGCUCCCUGCAGGGCUGGUGGGAGGUGCAGGGAAUCGCCCCCUGGAGCUCAGAGCUGACCUCUUCCUGGCUGGGGGGUAGCAGGCGAGCUGCCGACCCAGGAAAGGACCCCGAUGGCAGGAGGCAGAACUCGCCUGAGCCAACACUAAGCCGAGAACCCUGGGGGUGGGGGGGUUCAGAAAGAAAAGCCUGUGCUGACAUCCUGCAAAGGUGACCGGUCGCACAGUGCAAAGCCAGGAGCCCUCAGUGGCUGUGGUGGCUGGCCCUGGGCUGAGACUUCGGGGGACGCUGUCGUGCUGGCCUCCCGGGGCUCUAGGGCGAAGGGUGGGUUCAGCCGUCUCCACCAUGGGCCUUGCUUUCUCCUAAGAAAUCCUGCUUCAGUCUCCCCACUCCCCUGCAGGUGUGGUCCCUGCCCAUCCCCCCAGGACUCAGUGCUUCUCUGUAUACACUCGAGGAUGAGACUAAGGCAUGCAGGGAUCCCCUCCAAAGGCUCCUCAGCGGUUAAGCACCCACCCCAGGGGUCUUCUACUGGGGUCUUCCCGAAGCAAGAUUGCCUUUAGUCGGAGGUUUGUCCUCAAAGACCAUUCCCCUCCGAUAAGUCGCCCCCCAGUUCUAAAGUUCUUUCCCCUCUACCCCCUCGCAUUCCGCAGAUGGUUGGAGGGGGUCUCCCGAGUCCUUCUAGAAUUUGUGGACCAAUAGGAUAUGUGGUGUGUGUAACUGCCUCUUAAAAGUUCAGUAAAGGGGGCUUGCUACUUUCUAUUUGUUGAGUCUCCUUGGUAUUCAUCUUACAAGCCAGCAUCUCACUAUUUAUUGACGUGUGUGUGUGUGUGUGUGUGCGUGUGUGUGUGGUGUGGUGUGUGCGUGCGCGCGCGUGCACACGUAUACCUUUCCAGGUGUGCCCACGUCCUCCUGCAACUUUAGACAAGGAACCCAGACACCCCACUCCUAAUGCCAUAUACUCCUGCUUCGAGGGUUAUGGGCUCCCCCCCCACCCCACCACUGGGUUUUUACCAUUCAGUGCUGGCCUGUGUGUGUGGGGGGGGGGACUGGGUCAGACUUCAACAGGCAAAUGGGAAGGGGAGGGGGAGGCAACAGUCAACCUUUAUUUUAUUAUUUAUUUUCAAUGUUUACAUCUUUGUGUUGUACCAAGCCGGACUAGAAACAGAUAGCAUUAAAAUACUCAGUUCUCUCUCCCUCUCUCUCUCCUGUUUGUUUUCCUUUUUUUUUU